GGAACCUGGGAACAUGAACAUAGCCUAGCAUGGAACAGUAAAAAUUGUUCGAACUGUUCGUACUAAUCCGUUUUGAACUAAAUUUUAUCGAUAAGUGAAUAAAGUAAAUUAUUUCUUUUACAAUUUUCGAAAAUGACGACACUUAGACCCUUCACGUGCAAUGAUUUGUUCAAAUUUAAUAAUGUGAAUUUGGAUCCACUCACAGAAACAUAUGGACUUUCGUUUUAUAUGCAUUAUCUUUCACAUUGGCCGGAAUACAUUCAAGUGGCAGAAUCUCCAAGUGGUGAAAUUAUGGGUUACAUCAUGGGAAAGGCUGAAGGUCACGGAGAAAAUUGGCAUGGUCAUGUAACAGCCCUUACAGUUUCACCUGAUUAUAGAAGGUUGGGUCUUGCUGCAAUGUUGAUGAAAUAUCUUGAGGACGUAUCAGAAAAGAAACAGGCAUAUUUUGUGGAUCUCUUUGUUAGAGUAAGCAACAAGGUGGCUAUUACAAUGUAUCAACAAUUAGGAUACAUUGUGUAUAGGACAGUAUUAGAAUAUUACAAUGGAGAUCCAGAUGAAGAUGCAUAUGAUAUGAGAAAAGCCUUGUCAAAAGAUGUAAAAAAGAAAUCUAUGAUUCCAUUAACACAUCCUGUAAGACCAGAAGAAGUGGAUUGAAACGUUGGAACUUCUUGUAU